AAAAGUAAUUCUGAAUACAUUUGGAGAUUUGAAAUUGCGAAAACAACUUCCCGCUCCGUUUUUGAAUUCAGGGGAGGGUUUCUCCUCGCCACUCCAAGGAGCAGAGACGAACACCACACAAAAUCAGAUCCAACACUGAGGAAAACCUGCAGCCAUAACCUUGAAGUUAUUCGCACAUCAUCAGAACUCUCAAUGGAAGCAGCUGACAUUAUUUCCAAAGCGGAAAGCUCCAACGUGGCCGGCCUCUACGGUGAGCUGAGAAGCUAUCUUGAGCCUCUUAAUGGGCUGUUGGGGUUUGAAGGGUCUACGGUACAAAUUCAUGGGCUUGCCAAGCGUUAUGUACCGUUUUUGGGCCGUUUCUUGAAGAUCUCUUGUCAAAAUUUAGCCCACGGAAUUUCACCUUCAGAAACGGAGCAGAAAAGAGCUGAAGAAUUGUUUAGAGCACUGAAAUUCGCUCUAGAUUGUCUCGAUGCCCUACGGACGUGUCUUGUGGGGAAUCCACACGAAAUAGAAGUUCAGAGGUAUUGGAUGGUGAGGCGUUUGAUGGCAUGGAAGCGAUUUACUGAAGCAAGGGAGGAAUGCUGGGUUAUACUCCACAAGUUAAGGGUGAAUAUCUUUUGUAAGGAUGAAAGAGGGAAAAAAGAGCUCGUGGCUUCUGCUAGGAAAGGCUCGGUGAAGAAGAAGGAAGUUACAACUUCUUCCAGGAGGAAAAAGGAUGUUGGGGUUUCAUUGAAGAAAACAAAGGAGAACGAAAAUGGGGUCGAUUUAUGUGGGGAGCUGGCAGAGACUGCAGAUUCAGGUCUUGUGGGGUUGGUGCUUGGUCUGGUUACAGACCUGAUCAUUUGCACCGGAGAAAGCAAGAUCAAGGUUGCUGAUGAAUACCGUAAGAUUUUGGUGUUCAUUGAUCAGCUUAUGCCGUGGCAGAGGGUUUCAGACAAGAGCGCCAUUGAAAAACAUCGGAGCAUGCUAUUCAAAGGAUUACAUAAAUGUGUUCUAUUUAUGGCAUCUGAACCUUGUUACUUUGAUCUUGAGUUGACGAGGACAUUUGUUUUCUUAGCACUUGACAAUUGUGCUCGUUCUUUAAUGAAGGAUCGGUUUGUAAAGGUAGCUUGUGGAAUUUGUCGCCAACUUGCCUCUGGAGGGCCUGAUCACUCUUCCAUAGUUGUUGACAUAUGCAAAUUGGCUGUGAAUACUAUUUUCAAGGGUCUACAGUGGCAGAUUUAUGGUGAGAAUGAAAUUAAUGAUGUUGUUGAUUUUUAUUGUCAUCACUGUGAAACAAGUGCCAAGCUGAGUAAGGAUGCUAAGCAGUUUCUACAUGCAACUGCUAAUACUUGCGGACAACAGGGAUUACCGUUCCAUCUUCCUGCAGUUUUACAUAUUUAUGGUGUUGGAAUGGGAUUUAAAGACUUUGAAGUCUCAGGUUUAUGCAAUGAUGGGGUUGACUAUAUUGACUGUGAAAUGUCAGAAGUACGAUUCUGUUGCAAAAAUGAUGAUAAAGAACUCCUGUCUAAUUUAGUUCAAAUGUUUCAGAGUAUGGUUGAGGAAUUUCAGAAAUCAUCUGGAGAUUCUGAAUGUGGGAAACAUGGAUAUAGGGUUACAUCUUGCUGUAUCAAAUCUAAUGCUGCAUUAAGAAACCAUGAUCAUAUUUGGACAGGCAAAUCAUUGAUUACUAUUUUCAGGGCUCUGGAAUUCCUUUACAAGGCAUCUGCUCAAUGUGUACAGCAAGAAUGGGACUUUUUUGUAGCAAAUGCGACGAAUUGUAGACCUGCUUGGUUUUCUUCGUUGGAACAAGCUUUUGUUAUUUUUCCCCGUGUAUUUUUUGCUGUACUUGGUUGCGACUUUAUUCCAUUGGAGGAAAAGAAAGAACUUCAUUGGGGCCGCCAGACAGUAGUACUUGCUGCAACAGCAGCUUUGAAGUUGUCACUGAUGGAUCAAAAACAUUCUCAGGAAAGUUUUGAGAUCAUAGAGGCUUUUAUUUCUGGAGGUUUUGUUCAGGUCCAGGACUUAAAGUGGUUGAGUAAUUGUACAUAUAUGAUUGGUGUACGGAUGUACAACAAUAAGCAAUAUGAUUUGGCAUCCAAUCCUUUAAAGCUGGCUUAUACAGCUGCUUGGAGAAGGAUUUCUUUUGUUAUGAAUGGAUCAUUGGAUGACUAUGUUGAACCUGAAUGUGGCACUAGCUCGAGUGAGAGCAUAUCUGAGCUGGUCUCUGAUGCUUGUGCCAGAAGUGUUGUCUUAGUUGAUGUUCUGCACAGGAUUGGGAGUCCUCUGAUAAGAGAAAUAAUAACAGAUUUUUUAACACAGUGGUCCAGUGCUGAUUCCAGGUUGUCAAGCUUGGACAAUCGGCGUGCUCUUGUUAAGCAUUGGGUCAAGAUAGUGUCUCAUGAUUCAAAAGACAUGGAACUGAAUGAAGCUUCAGUUGAAUGCCUUACAUUGUAUGAGGUUUUGGUUGCUAAGUCUUCAGUGUGGCCUCUGGAAACAUUAGGCGUAUUGUUAGAGGAGGAGCUCCUUGCUUAUGCCAACAUAGAAACGGAGCUUUCAAGCUUAAUUAAAAAAAGAAUAAUUAAAUUGCUAUUGGAGGAUGUCUAUGUUACCAAGGAAUUUUCUUUAGAACGAUCAAGAGUUCUUCUAGAGAAAUGUAAAGCUGCAAGACUGAUCGGUUCUGAUGGUUUAGAUAAAUCCAUAGAUUGUUUAUCAGAUGCCAUGUUUCUCUUGAGAAAAGAUCUAGAUGAAAACUUUUGCCCUUCUGGCAAAAGUUAUCACAUGGAUUGUGUGCGCCAUCAGCUUGCUAUUACUUACUGUGUUCAUGCAUUUUGUAUUCAAGAACUGAAAUCGGACCCAGAGGUGAUCCUUGAUGAUAUUAGCUCUGCAUUGAAAUUGUGGUCUUGUAUAUAUAGUUCUAAAUUGCCGGACUUAAACAAGGAACAAAAGGAUUGGUUGUUUGAUACAUCAGUUCCUUUAUUGCUUAAUAUAUCUCAGCUACUAGCUUUGAAGGGAUUUAUCUCUCUUCAGUCUGAGGUGCAAGAGAUGAUUCUGCAGAUUCUUAUUGCUUUGAAGAAUAUCAGCCCUGAGGAAUGUUGUGCUCUUUUGUGGAGAGAAAGCAGGCUUAACCAUACUCUAUGCUGCAUUCCAUUUUCUGCAAACAUUUUCUCAACAUUAAUUGACAAAUUUGGAAAUGCUAUCAACUCUCUCAAAUUCUGGGAAAAUUCUCUCAAUGAUCAUCAUGGUUCUCAACUACAGUUUCAGCAAAAGCUGAUGUGCGACAUUUUUAUUGAAGUUGAAGCCGAUAAAGAUUUUUCAACACAUUCAUUCCUUGGAUCUUUCAAUACAAUUGAACUUUUGAAGGAUAGGGUGCUAACCCUUGCUUCAAACGGUCAGAAAUCAAUUCAAUCUUCAUUUACUACAUCGAAUCUGUUCUAUAUACUGUCUGAAAAGUGCCGUACAAAUGGAAAGCUUUCAGAGGCUCUCAAAUAUUCCAAAGAAGCCCUUCUCAUAAGAAGAAAACAAUUGCAGAGAAGUUUCAAUUUUCUGGAAAAGAAGGCGGUUCAGUUGGCAUUUAACAAUGAAAUGGAAUCCUUUUCUUUGGAGGCCCAAGGAUCAGUUGCAACUAAUGUCUGGUCAAUUUUUUCUGAUAAUAGAAAACAGCGGGAGUGUGGGAUGAGUCAAUGGGUUGUUCUUGGAAAUUAUUUGGAAAGUCUAAUGCAGGUGGGAGUUUUAUAUGAAAUGGUGGGGGCUGCAAAUGAAGCUGAAUAUGUCUUUCAGGAAGGUUUGAAUAUUUCAAAUGCACAAUAUCUACCACUCUGUCAGGCAGCUUUUGGAUCAUCUUUAGGUGAGAUAUAUCGGAAGUGUCACAAAUGGGAGAUAGCUGAAAAGAGAUUUCAGGAGGCAGUGAAUGUAUUAGGUCAAUCUGAUGUGGAACAUGUGUGUAAGCUAUGCAAAGUAACUAUAGAGGCUAUGCUUGAAAUGCGCAUAGGGGACUUUGUACGCAGAUGCCCCAGGGAGCGCAAAACUGCAAAUUUUUACGAGGAAUUGACUUCUUUUGAUAUUUACAUGUUAGCAAAAGAAAAGCUGCAUUAUAUUGGAAGAAAAUACUAUGAUGAUAUGCCUCUUGAUAGAAAGAUGCAUACAGAGUGUUGUGGCAGUAACUCUCCGGCCAACAAGGAGGGGAAUGCAGCAUCCAGUCCCAAGCUGGAAUAUGAUGCAACUUUGUAUUCUGUUAGGAAAAACAAUAAAAUAGACUCAGUGCAAGACCUUAUCGCUUUUAUUUUCGAAUUGCAUAGGAGAAGUCUGAUGUCUAGACUUCUGCUUCAAAUAGGCAAAUGCCAUGAGACAUCUAGAGAAUUUCUCAAGGCAUAUGAAAUCAUGUUACAGAAUAGUUCUCUGCUGUUUUUCCAUAUCGACGGAUUACCCUGUCUCUGCUCAUUUGUUAACGGUUAUCAUUGCCAGCAAAAAUGUUCUGGUUGGAAAAUUCCUGUAGACAUAUUACUCUUUGAACGUGCAGCAUUGCUAUACCACAUCAGUUGGUUGUCUCUACAGAAAAAUCUCCCUGCAUUAUCAUGGACCCAGUGCUGCGGUUCUUCUGAAAACCUGAGAUCAUUUGUGAUAGGAUGGUUGCAUCAUGCCUUUUUUAUCUGUAAUCAGAUGCCUGCGCUUCUUAGAAAGGUGUCAAUAUUGCUGGCAAUUGUUCACAUGCCAUUCGCUUUGGGUGGGCUAUUUUCUGCACCUGAGGAUUAUAUCAGCAACCUUUCUGGAAGUCAUUGGUCUGCAUAUUUUCAUCAGGCUUCUCUUGGAACAACGUUACGUGAGGAGCACCUUGCUGUUUUGGAUGCAAAGCUUGCAUCGCAAAAUUCUGAUAGGAGUGAGUUUGCACAAAAUUCCUGGUUCUGGCAGGUAUCGCAGCAGAGUAAUUCAAGUGAUGUGAUUGAAAGAGUACAGAAAGUCCUCAGACUGACCCCAGACAAGCUAGAUUGCCUUGAACCCUUUGUUACCAAUUUCUUUAGGAGUGUACCACUUCCAACAAUUGUCUGCAUAAGUUUGCUGGAUUGUAGAUAUGCGUCUAUUUUGGAGGUGUCAUCAUUCAGUAAUUCCUCACCAGCUUGGAUUUUCCUCACACGAUUUGAUUCUGAUGGGCCACCAGUAGUCCUAUUGUUGCCCAUCCAUUCUGCUUUUAAUGGCACAAGAACAGAUGCUGUGGAAGGCAGCAACCUAUGCAGUCCAUACUCCAUCUGGAAUCUGGAAGCUGAUGAUUUGAAAGCUAAUGAUAUUGGUAGUGCCUCUGAGGUUAUGGGUGUAGUUGCUGAAGAGUUUUGUUUGUUGCUUGAGGAAAGUCGCCUUUCCACUUCUGAUAAACUGGCAGUUGAAAGUAACGAGGAAAAAAAGAGAUGGUGGCAGUGGAGAAAGCAACUUGAUGAUCGCCUUGGGAAUCUUCUAAGGGGAAUUGAAGAUUCUUGGCUUGGUCCAUGGAAAUGUCUCUUAUUGGGAAAACCAUCAGAAGCAGCUUACUGUGAUGCUUUACAAACUGCAAAAGAAAGCAUAUUUCAACGUGCAGAACCAAGGAAGAAUUAUUAUAAUAUUCAUGAUAAUGAACCAAAGAAAUCUUCCAGGAAACAGAAAAAACAGUUAAGAGCAGAAGAUGGUACAGAAUGCAUGUCUUCUGAAAGUUUUCUCCCAUGCAACUUGUCAAAUGAUUUGGAAAAUUUAAGUACGAUGUGCAUUCAAAGAGAACCAGUUGUGCUUGUUCUUGAUGCUAAUUCACAGGUACUUCCUUGGGAAAGCUUACCAGUACUUCGAAAUCAAGAAGUUUAUCGUAUGCCAUCUGUGGGAAGCAUUUCAGCAGUAAUGAUUUCGAGAGGCCAUCUACAAAUGGUGGAUAGUUUUGUUGAAAAAGAGAAAAAAAUGUCAAACCGGAAAACUAAUACAAAACAGGAGAUAUUGGCCAGAAAUAAUCCAUGGUCUGUAGCAUUAGAACAGCUACCUAAGCUACCAGCCAUGGACCCUUACAAUGCAUUCUACUUGUUGAAUCCAAGUGGAGACCUCAGUACCACACAGGCUGCAUUUGAGGAUUGGUUCAAGAAUCAACGAGGCUGGAAGGGAAAGUCUGGAGAAGUUCCGACUCCUGAGGAGUGCAUUUUUGCUCUGCAAAAUCAUGACCUUUUCAUCUAUUUUGGACAUGGAAGAGGAGAACAAUAUAUUCCUGAAAGAAAUAUCAGGAGGCUGGAUUAUUGUGCAGCUGUAGUUCUUAUGGGAUGUAGCAGUGGCCGUCUUUCUUAUAGAGGGGAUUAUGAACCAGCUGGUGUACCAUUGUCAUAUUUGAUUGCAGGUUGCCCUUGUAUUAUAGCCAACCUUUGGGAUGUGACAGAUGGUGAUAUUGACAGAUUUAGCAGGGUUCUGCUCCAUAGUUGGCUUGAAGCAGAGUCUGGCCAUUGUAAUGAUCUUGAUGUGGUUGAAGAGUUUCAAAACCUUACAGUUAGUGGCCAAAAUAGUGGUAAAAGGGUGUUACGACCUAGGCAGAAAUUAAAGGAUGAUAAAACUAAAUGUCCGCAAUUCCAGCAUUUACUUUCAGAACAUGCUAUUGAUAAAUCCAUAAGAAUACAAAGAAUAAGAGAUGAAGUAAGAACAGGGUCAUGUAUUGGUAAAUGCCGUAGUACAUGUAAGCUUCCUUACUUAAUUGGAGCGUCCCCUGUCUGUUAUGGAAUACCUACUACUAUUAAACACAAAUAGUAAAGUUCAUAUAUGUAAAUUAUUCAAGUGUAUCAAAUAAAAUCUAGCCAUUUUUUA